AAUUUGGAAGAGACAAUAUUUUCAGAAUGAGAGUACUACUCUUAUCAAUUUUUAUUUCCAUGCUUCUACAAUUAUCCUAUACAGUGAAAUAUGAAGAUAAUACCAGAUUAAUUAAUGAUUUAUUUGGAAAACGCUAUGUUUCCUCUUUUCAAAAUGGUAAUGUUUCUUUAGGAUUAAGUUUAACUGAUGUCACUGAAGUUGAUGGUGAACUUAUAACUUUUAAUGUUUGGCAAAGAAUGUCCUGGGAGGACUUUAGAUUACGUUGGUCUGUUGAAGAUUACAAAGUUACAUCUCUACAUGUACCAAUCAAUAUGAUUUGGAGUCCUGAUAUUAUUCUAUACAAUCAGGCACGUAAAGAUAUUAAUCUUGCCGAUGUUCUUGCAAUUGUCAAACACAAUGGAAACAUUUUGUACAUUUCUCCAAAACUAAUAACGGUAAGAUGUCCACUGGAUAAGAAAAGAGGAGAAUAUCAUUGCAAUUUCAAAUAUGCUUCAUGGACUUAUCACGGAAAUCAGAUAGAUGUAAACUUUUAUAAUGAUAUGAAAAAUAUUGACUUUAGUGAAUACUAUGGAAAAUAUAGAAUUAUUAAAAAUACUGGUAGACGUAAUGUGAAACAAUAUGCAUGUUGUGAGGAAACCUAUCCAGAUAUCACAUUUACAAUUAUACUGUCAAAACGUUAAAAUGCUGAUCUUUGGUAUCUUUAAUACAAAAAUCACAUAUUGAAAAAAAUUAAUGAUUACUUACAGAAAGAGAAUGAUAAAAUUUUUGAUUAAAAAAAUGAAGACAUCAUAAUAAAUACAUAAUUAAUCUAUCACAUUUAUAUUUAAAACUGUAUUUUUCUUCUUAUUCAUGCAUUUAUACAAUGAAAUUUGACUCCUCUUAAUAAUUUUUCGAAAUGAAACUUUUAUCUUUUUUCUUUUUCAUCUAUAAGUGUUUGCCUAACAAAAAACAUCACAAAAUACACUGCUCAACCCUAACCUUCCUGGCCCUUUUGUCUUGAAAUUUUGUUUGAUGGCAUAAAAUCAGCUACAUUUUCACUGUCUAAAUUGUUAAUAAAAAGUUUAUUUCAAAGGAAUAAUUUAAUCUAUCAUUUUGAAUAAGUGAAACCUGAAAUGUUCAUUAAAAAACUGUGUUCUCUUUUUCAUAUUUGAAUUACUUACAAAAAGCAAAAGCAAUUAUACUGCUUAUUUUAAAAAUUAUGUCUUAAAUAAAACUUAGAGG